AUGGUCUGGGAGAUUGCCCCGAACGUCGUCAUUCCCGAGGCACUGACCGAGUCCGGACCCGUUCUGACCAGCUUCCACCGUGCCGAGGACACCAAGGAGGCCGUCGAGACGGCCCUCUACGCCAUACUGGGCCACGGCGCUUUCCAACGGCGCAUCAUGACUUGCAGCCUGCUCUCCAUGGUGGUGCUGCUAUGCCAUUCGCUCGCCUACCGCGCCAUCGCCAGCCCCGUUGACCACUGGUGCGCCCGGCCUGCCACCCUUGGUGCCAUGCCCGUCCAGCUCUGGAAGAACGUCGCCAUACCUGUCUAUCCGGACGGAAGCUUCAGCCGGUGCACCGUCUAUGACCCACCGCUGCCAGCGAAUGACCUACUCGACGAGAAUCGACACCCGGUGCCCUGCGAGAGCUGGGAGUACGCGACCAAGUUUCGCAACCGCAGCAUCGUGAGCGAGUGGGACCUGGUGUGCCAGCGGCGCCGCCUGGUGCAGCUCUCGUCUGCCGCGUACAUGGCCGGCGCCAUGCUGUGCGUGCCCGUAGUGGGCCUGCUCUCGGACCGCGCAGGCCGCAAGCCCGUCAUCACAGGCUCCGUGAGCGUUCUCAUACUCGCCGCCAUCGUGUGCAGCACGACGCACAGCUUCAUCGUAUUCGUGCUCUCCAGGAUGAUCGUCUCGGCUAUGAGCAGCGCUGCGCAGGUGCUGAGCUUCAUUCUGCUCUACGAAGUGACGGCACCGGACAGGCGAGCAGCUUACGCGCUGCUGGCCACCGCGACGGGGAUUAUGCUGAUGCCGGUGGUGCUCGAGCUGGUCGCAGCCGCCCAGUUCAGCUGGCCGGCGACCCAACUGCUCCUACUAAUGCCCACCGUCUCGCUCGUCUACUCUCACUACCUGCUUGAGGUGAGCAUGCGGAACACGAUUCAAAUCAAGUUUACUGCCGGCAACAAGUCGGAGGUUCUUAGGCGAAAGGACGUUGUAGACAUCUUGAUGGUGCCGAAAGACACGUAG